AUGGCGGCAAUAACUACCUGUAAAAACUGCCACUCGAACGAUUUUGACAAGGACCACCAAACAGGAGAACUGGUAUGUCGAAACUGCGGUUCCGUGGCGGAGGAGAGCCGCAUCGUUUCCGAGGUCUCUUUCAGCGAGACCUCCAGCGGUAAGGCGAUCGUCACUGGCCAGUACGUCUCACACGACCAAACUGGUGUGUUGUCGGCUAGUUUGUACGGUGUCCAGGGCGAGAGCCGGCAACAGACAAUCUUCAAAGCACGCCAUCGCAUGGAGCGGAUUGGCCACCGCUUGGGCAUGGCCGAUCACAUUAUUGAGGCCGGAAUGCGAUACUUUCUUGCCGCCCUGUCGAACAAUUUCGUCAAGGGCCGAAAAUCGCAACAUGUGCUUUCCGCCUGUCUCUAUUUAUCAUGCCGCAUGGCGAAAACCGAUCACAUGCUGAUGGACUUUGCAGAGCUCAUUCACGUGAAUGUGUUUCAUAUCGGUGCUACAUACCUGCAGUUGGUUCGCAAUCAGAACAUUGACCAACUGCCCAUUGUUGAUCCCACGGUGUAUAUUCAGAGGUUUGUGUCCAAGCUCCAGUUUGGUAGUGAAGGAAGCCGCCGCGUUGUCGAGGACGCAAAGCGUUUGGUGGCCCGUAUGGGCAAAGACUGGCUCCAGAACGGUCGACGGCCUGCCGGUGUAGCUGCAGCUUGUAUUUUGUUGGCCGCACGUAUGAACAAUUUCCGUCGAUCCAAAGCAGAGAUCGUUUCUGUCGCAAAAGUCGCCGAGGAAACCCUCCAACGGCGUCUUGAUGAAUUCAAGUCCACAGCUGCAGGUACACUGACCAUCUACGAUUUCAGGAACGUUGACGUUGAAAGUGCCGCUGAUCCUCCGUCGUUCACGCGGCAUCGAGAACUAGAGAAGAAACUCCUAGACAAACUGUCUCAGGACAACGAACUCAGAGCCCAGGGAGUUGAGCCUGAGGAGGACCCUUAUUUAAACCCGGAACUGGUUGCAAUAGCCCAAGAGCUCGACAAGCAGGACGGCCAAACUCUCCAAUUGACUCAAGAAGUCAACUCAUUGCUCGACACGCCGGGACUACAAAAGGCAGUAGAAGAUAUUGCUGCUCAGCCACACCCCAAGCGGAAAUCAUCAGCUAUAGAUGAUUCAGAAAGCGAAGACGAUAGUGAAGAUAGCGACGCGGAACAAGAAGCCGAGAGAGCAUUUGACGAGGCUGUUAGUGCUGGUACAGAAGCCGUGAUGGCCGCUGUCGAGGCACCAUUGGAGCCUGCCUCGGUACCAGUCAGACCCGAUUUCUACUCUAAGGGCCGCGUUGAGCAGUUUUUGAAAAGCUUCAGACAGCGACAAUCACAGAGACUCGAGGACGAGGUUCAGGCGAAGAAAAUGCGUGCCCAGGCCGAAGCUCAAGCCCGCGCAGCAGCCCCCGACGAAGAAAGCUUGUCGGAUAUCGACGAUGACGAGAUCGAGUCGGUGCUACUGAACGAAACAGAAAUCGAACAGAAAUCCCAGGUCUGGGUAUCAAUUAAUCGUGAAUAUUUAUUGGAGCAAGAACGCAAACGUCUGCGGCGCGAAGCAGAUAUUGCCUCUGGCGAAACCAAAGCUCCUCGCAAGAGACGCCGUCGCCCGAAACAAGAGCCCGGCUCAGCAGCCUCCGCGGAGGCCGCCGCUGCAAACAUGCUCCGAGAGAAAGCCCCGUCCAAGAAAAUCAACCAGGCUGCCCUCAAAAAGCUGUUUGCUAAAGCAGAAUAA